GAAUUCGCACCGUGUACGGCCGCCCUUAGAGUUUGAGCUCCGUCAAGUUAAUUUCUUAUUGUCUGUUUUUCAAUUCAAAAUCAAUUUUAUACACCAUCAUUCUCAUUUCUUAUAACGUGUGAAUAUACCCCCUAUUGUAUUCUACAACUAAAACAUCCGGAUUGCUUUGUCAUCACUAGUUUUGUUUUGAUUUCCCGAGUUGCUAGCUUAUAGCCCUUUAGCAGCACCAGUGUGGUUGCCGCUAAUCCUGCUUGCAUUGUUUACACACUAUUUACACACAUUUCCAUUGUUUACUCACUGUUACUUGCUUUAAUGGUGAAUUUGUGUCCACCUUUGAGUGCAGGUGAGGACACGAGCUGGAGGCCGUGGAGAAGCAGAUCCAGGAGCUGUUGCUCCCGUGCACCCUGGACGCGAUCUUUCCAGAUGUCCUUCACUCCGGCGCCGGGACACCAUGGACCCUGGGUGCAGCAGCAGCAGCGGAAGACGCGAGCCAGGCCCCGGCCGAGGACCUCGCCCCCUCCGCCGCCUCCGGUCUUCGAGAUCUCCACCCGGAACCGCUUCGCUCCCCUCCGCGAGACGGAACGCGACGCUGUGAUCGUCGGAGACUCCAUUGUCCGGUACGUACAUGCUACUUUAGCUAAAGGUAAAGUCCACACCCACUGUUUUCCUGGUGCUCGCGUUCUCGAUGUUUCUGCUCAGCGUCGGCGCGAUCGUCCUGCACGCGGGGGUGAACGACACCAAGCUGCGGCAGACGGAGGUUCUGAAGAGGGACUUCAGCAGCCUGAUCGAGACUGUUCGCAGCACGUCGCCCGCAAUGAGGAUCAUCGUGUCAGGACCGCUUCCCACGUAUCGACGUGGGCACGAAAGGAAUUCACAAGCUCCAGUCUGGAUCCAGAACACUUAAGAAGAGAUGAUUCCAACCCCACAGACGACUUCAGAUGAUGCCAACCCUGAAAACAUACAGCACUACCAAAUUCUGCUACUAAUUUAUAGUGUUCUUUGUCUGUUUGAUUACGUCAUUAAUUGAUCUUUACCAUACAUCUCUGCCAUAUGUACAU